CGGGAGGCGGGGUGGGGUUCGUCCCGCGGUGACAGCAGCGCCCGGAAAUGCGCCUGCAGGGAGUGGGCUCCCCGCCCCUCGCGCCCAACCCCUGGGGCUGAGCUUCUCCUCCGUGCGCUGGGGGCCCUGCACUUGGGGAGGCCAGGGCGUGGAGCGGGAACCCCCGGAUCCGACCUGCAGCGGGCGGGGUCCUGGGGAGGCUGACCUUGAGGGAAGGGCCGGAGAGCGGGGUAGGGAACCGUCGCGGGGACGCCAUCUGCGCGUCGGUGGAGAGGAAGCAGGGACCCGGACUCUCGGAACCGGGGCAGGGCGACCUCGGUUCCCGCACAUUCCCCGGCCCUGAGCGCGGCGCCCGGAAUAGCAGUCCCGGGGUGGGGGUAAGGACGGCCAGUGUCCUCGCGGCUCUCCCGCCCUGGGCUUCACAAGGUCACCGGGACAUGGACUCUCAGACACCAGACCAGAGUUCAGGGGAGCCCGGGCCCGCGCGGGGCAGUCCGCCGCCGCCGCCGAUCCGCGCGGAAGCGCUCCACGGCCUCGUGAGGGCGCACCGGGCCGCCGCCCCUCUGGACCCCGGGCUGGGCGCGCCCUGGGAGGCCGGGUGGAAGUGGCCGCCCUGGGGUACCCCCGCCCCCCUCCGAGGGCCCCGCCGCUUCCGCUCAUCCUGGAGCGGUCGGGAGAGCCGGGACGCACCGCCAGCGCUCUACGUCGCCGGGUCCAGGGGAGUGGACACCAUGGGGUUCCUGGAGCCGCUGUUCCAGCUCCUGUGGGCAGGGACUCUCUGUGCGAAGCCGGCGCUGUGUCCGGACUGUCCCCCAGGAGCCAUGCCCUUCCGAGACCUCCAGUGUGCCCUCUACAAUGGCCACCCUGUCCUGGGCCCCCAGAAGACUUACCAAUGGGUGCCCUUCUAUGGUGCGCCCAACCAGUGCGAUCUCAACUGCCUGGCCGUGGGACAUGCCUUCUACCACAGCUUUGGCCGCGUCCUGGAUGGUACUCCCUGCAGCUGGGGUAGCCGGGGACUCUGCGUGGCUGGCCGCUGCCUAAACGCCGGCUGUGACGGUUUGAUGGGCUCGGACGCCCGCGAGGACCACUGUGGUCGCUGCGGCGGCACCAACGACUCGUGCCUCUUCGUGCAGCGCGUGUUCCGUGACACGGGAGCCUUCGCAGGAUACUGGAACGUGACUCUGAUCCCCGAGGGCGCCAGGCACAUCUACGCCGCCCAUCGGAGCCGAAACCACCUGGCGCUGAUGGGGGGCGACGGGCGCUACGUGCUCAAUGGCAACGGGGAGGUGAGCCCGUCCGGGAUGUAUGAGGCGGCGGGCACCCGCGUGGUCUACACCCGCGCUGCGGGGCCGGAGGAGACGCUGCGCGCGGCCGGACCCACGUCCCAAGACCUGCUCCUGCAGAUCCCUGCCCACCCUGUCCCGACACCCGCGGUCGCGCCCACCGGCUGCUCCACUAUUGCGGCAGUGACUUUGUGUUCCGGGCUCGAGUGCUGGGCCACCUCCGCCAGGCCCAGGAGACCCGCUAUGAGGUGCGUGUGCAGCUUGUCUACAAGAACCGCUCGCCACUGCAGUCCCUCGAGUAUGUGUGGGCACCUGGCCGCUGCCCCUGCCCACCAAUGGCCCUCCAUCGAGAGUACCUGCUGGCUGCCCAGCGCCUUGUCAACCCCGAUGGCACUCAGGACCGGCUGCUGCUGCCCCACGCUGGCUAUGCCCGGCCCUGGAGCCCCGCCGAGGACAGCCGAGUACGCCUGGCUGCCAGACACUGCCCUGUCUGAGCCCCCAGACCAGAAAGAUGUGCCUGACCAGGCUCAAACUCAGCCUAUUUCCUCUCUUGCCUGGCUUCCAAGGAACUCAGAACUAUCUCCCACCACAGCUAUGUACCUCUCCCUCAUACACAUUUACACACCUUUGCGUACCGUCAGUCAGAUCCACUCUCACAGUAGGCAGGCGCUGAUGAGAAAACACUGAAUUGCUUCUUUAACUCUGAUUUCUUCUCUCACCCUGACUGCCAGGAAACUGAUAGCUUUCUUUUACUCAAAAACUUUGUGUCUACUUUUAUUCCCCUUGCCUCACACUCACUUGCUUAGAGACGCUCUCACACGCAAGCAGGGCCCAUAGGAAGACAUGCCUAAGGAGACAUUGUAAUGUAUCCGUUUCCCCUCUUGCCUUGGCUACCAGGAAGCUCCUCACUAUGUAACUCCCUGAAACUCUGUGCCCUCUCUUCUUGCUGCCAUUUACCCAUUCACCACAAUGUAUUCAGAGACAUUGUCACAGACAGACAUACCCACUAGAACACAUGCCUAACUAGGCACUGUAACAUACUCAUUUCCCCUUUUGUGCUGACUACCAGAAGGCUCUUUCAAUUUUGUAUUGAUUUCAGGUGUACAGCUUAGUGGUUAGACAAUCAUAUACUUACCUAGUGCUCCCUUUGGUAUUUCCAGUGCCCAAUUAUCAUCAUGCAUAGUUAUCAUAAUAUUAUUGACUAUAUUCCCUAUGGUUUACUUUACAGCCCCAUGAGUAUUCAAAGAUAAUUUUGACAACCUCCGCAAUUCUAGAAGGGGUUCCUCCAGUCCACACUGCUGUUCACCCCUUUUAUAUUUCUACUUAGUUUUUACAAGCAAUUUUUUAAAACAAGGGCACACUUGGCCACAGAAAUGUGUGGAUGCACUGGUAGUGGGAUCCACAACUGUGCUCUCACAGCGUGUACACAUGUGAUCUCACAAACCCCAUCCCCUCUACCUGGUCCGUUCCCCACCUCCCUUCAGAAUGUCUGACACUUUGUGGGAGUGGAGGACAGGGACUAUAUGAGGAUGGGUAAACAUGGCUUUUAUAGGUCCCAAGCCUCUUCUCCAGGCCUGCGUGGGGGCCACGCAUUCAUCUCAGGCCUCCCCAGCAAAGGAAGCAGCCAGAGCCCCUCCCCUCAGGCCAUCCUCAUCUUCCUGUGUUGUCAGAGAUUCUCUUCAUUUAUUCUUCUGGAGCAAGAGGGCAGACAUCAGUCAUGUGAGAAGUGAGGGUGUGUGGGGGGUGGCUCAGCAAACCCUCCCCCACUCUGGGUGAGGGCGCUGUCUUCUGCCUCCCCGUUCCGGAUGGGUGCCCCACACUGUCAUUUUGGGACAAUCUGCUCUUCUGUACUAUCAUGGCUGUGUUUUCCCCGCUAGCAUGGAUACUGGCAGUGGGCAAGGGGCACACAAUAUCCAGGUCUCAGAGCUGGAUGGGCUCAGCCCCUGACUUUGCAGAUGACCUGAGGCCAGACCACUCCCCUCUCCUGGCCUUAAUUUCCCGGUCUGUGAGUACCCUUUCAGCGCUUCCUGGCUCUGAUCAUGGGAAUCACACUCUUCUGGAUUCCUUCCCUAGCCCCUCAGUUCACUCAUGCAUUCCUCCAACGGGUAUUUAUUGAGUGCCUACUGUAUGCCAGGGGCCCAACAGUGCUUAGACCAUCCCAGGCCUGGCUCUGUCAUCUGCAACGAGUGCUGAAGCUGGAGAAACCUCAGUGCCCCAACUUCCGUGGGCAAAGUGGGAUGCAGUUCUGGAGGGAGAUGUGGGGCCUGGGCGCCCACUGGUGGCAGGAUGGGGGAAAGGUAGUCAAGGCACUGGUUACCUGCAGCCCUGAAGGGCCCUAUGCUUAUGUACCUCCUCCUCCACCCCACUUCUCUCAUCUGCACUUGCCUUCCUCAAGAAUGCCUCUCCUCACCCACCAGCCUUACACCAGCACCCACUUACGGCUCCAUUCUUCCCACCACUGGCCUGAGGUUGUCCCCUCUGCCUCCAUGUAGUAUGGGGAUAUGUCUGGGAAUAAGGGUCUCAGGCCUUCUCAGCCCCAGAACUCCUAAUCCCAAAGCAUCUGGACUGGCUGACGAGAGGUGCCUGCUCCUGGGAAGGGCCAGCACAGAGUCUCCUCCGGCAGACAGGGUGGCCUGUGGCCGAGAGCAGUGACUUCCCCAGCCUUUCACAGCUCCUCCUGUAAUGGUCUUGUAACACUCCCAGUAAACAUGCCAUUGUUUUGAUAUGCUCUUUCAUUUUAAAGCAGUCUAACCGUUUAAAGAGAGAAGAGCCGAAACCGGUUUGGCUCAGUGGAUAGAGCGUCGGCCUGCGGACUGAAAGGUCCCAGGUUCGAUUCUGGUCAAGGGCAUGUACCUGGGUUGCGGGCACAUCCCCAGUAGGAGAUGUGCAGGAGGCAGCUGAUCGAUGUUUCUCUCUCUUUGAUGUUUCUAACUCUCUAUCUCUCUCCCUUCCUCUCUGUAAAACAUCAAUAAAAUAUAUUUUUUAAAAAAAACCUUUUAAAAAAAAGAGAGAGAAGAAAAUCUUGCAAUUCUAAAGUUGCUCAAAUUCAACAGCGUGGUGGUUCAGGAAGGAACUACCAUUUGUACUUGCCAAGCAACGUAUUAUGCUGUUUUGCAUUGAAACACUAAUAACUCCAGGUGGUUACAUAGAAUGACAGAAACAAAGUGAAGCAUUCUGUUUUUUUCCUCUUUACAGUCAGUCCUCAGCCCUUUUUCAUUAGUUACUGUGUCCCUGCAGGGAUACGCUAGCCCAUCUGGGUUAGAGGCACACACAUUGCCCGGAGUGACUGCAAAUGGGUAGGAACCUCCUCUUGAAGGAAGCACAGGUGGCACAUCCUUGCUUGUACAGAACUGGGAAUUCUCCAAAUUGACUUCCCACAGAUGGUGAUGUUUAUUAAAAGAUGAAUUAAAACAGG